AUGGUUAUGGCACACCCCGGUUACCGGCUCAGCGGCCUCAUCGAGUUCCUGCUGCACCGCACCUACGCGGAGCUCACGGUGCUGGCCGACCUCCUGCCAAGAAAGACUGAUAUGGAAAGAAAAAUAGAAAUAGUACAGUUUGCAAGUCGCACACGUCAACUUUUUGUUCGGUUGUUAGCCUUAGUAAAGUGGGCUAAUAAUGCUGGGAAAGUGGAAAAAUGUGCGAUGAUAUCAAGUUUUCUAGAUCAACAAGCCAUUUUAUUUGUGGACACUGCUGAUCGUCUGGCAUCACUAGCUAGAGAUGCUUUGGUUCAUGCUCGCCUACCAAGUUUUGCUAUUCCAUAUGCUAUAGAUGUGCUAACAACUGGCUCAUACCCACGUCUACCAACAUGUAUAAGGGAUAAAAUAAUUCCUCCUGAUCCAAUUACAAAAAGUGAGAAGCAAACUACACUUCACCAGCUAAACCAGAUUCUUCGACAUCGACUAGUAACUACAGAUCUCCCUCCACAGUUGGCAAAUCUUACAGUUGCUAAUGGCCGUGUGAAGUUUCGAGUUGAAGGGGAGUUUGAAGCCACAUUGACAGUGAUGGGAGAUGACCCUGAUAUUCCCUGGCGUCUUCUCAAAUUGGAAAUUCUGGUCGAGGACAAAGAAACUGGAGAUGGUCGAGCCUUGGUUCACAGUAUGCAAAUCAACUUCAUCCAUCAGUUGGUCCAGUCCAGACUCUUUGCUGAUGAUAAACCACUUCAGGACAUGUACAACUGUUUACAUUCUUUCUGCUUAGCACUUCAGUUAGAAGUCUUACAUUCACAAACACUAAUGUUAAUCCGAGAGCGAUGGGGUGACCUUGUGCAAGUGGAACGGUAUCAUGCCGGGAAAUGUCUUUCGCUCUCUGUUUGGAACCAACAGGUGCUUGGGAGAAAAACAGGGACUGCAUCUGUUCACAAGGUCACUAUUAAGAUUGAUGAGACUGAUGUCUCAAAACCCUUGCAAAUAUCUCAUGAACCCCCACUUCCAGCCUGUGAUUCUAAACUGAUGGAAAGAGCCAUGAAGAUUGACCACCUAUCAAUAGAAAAACUCUUAAUAGAUAGUGUCCAUGCAAGAUCGCAUCAGAAACUCCAGGAGUUGAAAGCCAUUCUUAAGAACUACAAUGUUAAUGACAAUUCAUUUAUUGAGACGGCUCUUCCAACUCUUGUUAUUCCAAUAUUGGAACCAUGUGGCCGCUCUGAAUGUCUACAUGUUUUUGUAGACCUUCAUUCUGGAAUGUUUCAACUGAUGCUUUAUGGAAUUGAUCAGCUGACCUUAGACGAUGUAGAGAAGUCUCUUAAUGAUGAUAUGAAACGCAUCAUUCCUUGGCUCCAGCAGCUCAAGUUCUGGCUUGGACAACAGCGUUGCAAACAGUCUAUAAAACAUCUGCCCACAGUAAGCAGUGAAACAUUACAGCUAGCUAAUUAUGCUAGUCAUCCAGUGGGAAGCCUUUCCAAGCACAAACUGUUUAUCAAACUCACUCGCCUUCCACAGUACUACAUUGUGGUUGAGAUGUUUGACGUUCCUGGCAACCCCACAGAAUUAGAGUACAAAUAUCACUUUCUCUCUGUGAGCUGUGCUGAAGGAGAUGACAGCCCUGCUACUGCACUUUUACUACAGCAAUUCAAACCAAACAUUGAGGAGUUAGUACUAGACACAAAAAGUGGGAAGCAAGCAAAAAGUGGUGCCAAGCGCAAGUUGUCUGGUGAUCCCUGCUCUAUAGAACCUAAGAAACCAAAACGAUCAGGAGAAAUGUGUGCCUUCAAUAAAGUGCUAGCUCAUAUUGUAGCCAUGUGUGAUACAAACAUGCCAUUUAUAGGACUUCGUAUAGAGUUGUCUAACAUGGACAUUCCACACCAAGGACUACAGGUAGAAGGAGAUGGCUUCAGCCAUGCUAUACGUUUAUUGAAAAUUCCUCCCUGUAAGGGUGUAAGUGAGGAAACCCAGAAGGCUCUAGACCGUUCUCUUCUUGAUUGCACUUUCCGAUUACAAGGUAGAAAUAACCGCACGUGGGUGGCUGAGCUGGUAUUUGCAAACUGUCCACUUAGCAGCACUACUUCCAGGGAGCAAGGACCAACACGUCAUGUUUACCUGACUUAUGAAAACCAAUUAUCUGAACCAGUUGGGGGUCGCAAAGUUGUUGAGAUGUUCCUCAAUGAUUGGAACAGUAUUGCUAGACUAUAUGAAUGUGUGCUGGAGUUCGCACGAUCCUUACCAGACAUACCCAAUCACCUAAAUGUUUUCUCAGAGGUCCGUGUCUACAACUACCGCAAGCUCAUCCUUUGCUAUGGAAGUACCAAGGGAAGCUCAAUCAGUAUUCAGUGGAAUUCAGUACUUCAAAAAUUUCACAUUUCAUUGGGAACAGUUGGCCCUAACUCAGGUUGCAGUAACUGUCAUAAUACAAUUCUGCAUCAGCUCCAGGAGAUGUUCAAUAAAACACCAAAUGUGAUACAGCUAUUGCAGGUGUUGUUUGAUACACAAGCUCCAUUAAAUGCCAUCAACAAACUUCCGACAGUGCCCAUGCUGGGUCUGACUCAACGUACAAAUACUGCCUAUCAGUGCUUCUCAAUUCUGCCACAGUCACCCACACACAUCAGGCUGGCUUUUAGGAACAUGUAUUGUAUUGACAUCUACUGCCGGAGCCGCGGGGUGGUAGCAAUACGUGAUGGAGCCUAUAGUCUUUUUGACAACAGCAAAAUAGUGGAAGGCUUUUACCCUGCCCCAGGACUAAAGACAUUCCUGAACAUGUUUGUUGACAGUAAUCAGGACGCACGGAGACGAUCUGUAAAUGAGGAUGAUAAUCCACCUUCUCCUAUUGGGGGAGAUAUGAUGGAUUCAUUGAUAUCACAGCUUCAACCACAACAAGCACCGCAGCAACAGCAGCAGCAGCCAUUUGCAAAACAAGCAGGAGCAUCAGGAGCUUACCCUCUUACUUCACCACCCACAUCCUAUCACAACACAGUGACCCCAUCUCCCUCAAUGAUUCACACGCAGUCACCAGGAAAUCUACAUGCUGCAAGUUCCCCUAGUGGUGCUUUAAGAGCUCCAUCACCGGCCUCAUUUGGUCCAACUCCUUCACCUUCUUCUCUUGGAAUUACAAUGGGACAGACAGCUAACUUUGCUAGUCCACACGGUACGAUAGAUCCUAGUUCACCAUACACAAUGAUGUCACCCAGUCAGCGUGCAGGGAAUUGGCCAGGAUCUCCUCAGGUGUCUGGUCCCUCACCAGCAGCACGCAUGCCUGGAAUGUCACCAGCCAACCCUUCCCUCCAUUCUCCAGUCCCAGAUGCUUCUCAUUCCCCGCGAGCUGGAACAAGUUCCCAGACAAUGCCAACCAACAUGCCUCCACCUCGUAAACUACCUCAGCGCUCUUGGGCUGCGUCCAUCCCCACGAUCCUCACCCACAGUGCCUUGAAUAUUCUUUUGCUGCCCUCUCCUACUCCUGGGCUUGUGCCAGGACUAGCUGGUAGCUAUCUUUGCUCCCCUCUUGAACGAUUCCUUGGAUCAGUUAUUAUGAGGCGACAUCUUCAAAGGAUCAUCCAGCAGGAAACGUUACAGCUAAUAAACUCCAAUGAACCAGGUGUGAUAAUGUUUAAAACGGAUGCACUGAAGUGCAGGGUUGCUCUCAGUCCCAAAACCAACCAGACUUUGCAACUAAAAGUAACUCCUGAGAAUGCAGUACAGUGGAAACCAGAGGAACUACAAGUUUUGGAGAAAUUUUUUGAAACAAGGGUUGCAGGACCACCAUUUAAAGCAAACACCCUAAUAGCCUUUACAAAAUUGCUAGGAGCUCCUACACACAUCCUCAGGGACUGUGUACACAUCAUGAAACUUGAGCUGUUCCCUGAUCAGGCAAGUCAGCUGAAGUGGAAUGUGCAGUUUUGCUUAACUAUUCCUCCCAGUGCCCCACCAAUUGCACCUCCUGGAACACCUGCUGUGGUGCUGAAAUCCAAAAUGUUGUUUUUUCUUCAGUUAACGCAGAAAACGACAGUCCCACAGGAAGCUGUUAGUAUUAUUGUCCCAAUUAUUUAUGAUAUGGCUUCAGGUACAACACAACAGGCAGACAUUCCCAGGCAACAGAACUCUUCUGUCGCUGCUCCCAUGAUGGUUAGCAAUAUUCUGAAGAGGUUUGCUGAACUGAAUUCACCACGACCAGGUGAAUGCACAAUCUUUGCAGCUGUUCGUGAUUUGAUGCUCAAUCUUACCCUGCCCCCUGGUGGGCGUCCAUAGACACUUUUAAAAAGAAGGCUGAAAAGCAAGAGACAAAACAGCCCCCCAAAAAAUCAAUCUCUGAAAUAAGCCUUCAAUUAAAAAAGAGGAUGUUUUAACAGGUUACACUUUUUUAAAAAGAGCUAAAUAUAAUAAACUGGCAAAUUUUCAGGGAUGCACUUUCAUCAAAUGGUCAUUAACAUAAUUUUUGUAUAGUGCUGUUGUAUAGUGUGUUUUAAUGGGAGACAUUUCAGACUAGGUAAUAGAUUGAAGUAUCAGCUUGCUGGUAAUAGAUUUAAUAUUCUGUUUUAUACUAUAAAGAUUAUGAAAAUGCCAAACUUGUUUGUUUUUUGUUAUGUUUUGGUGUAAUAGUCUUUUUUUAAGGCAGGUCUGUCAUUUUGAAUACUGUAAAACUGUGACAAACUUUAUAUUGAAGCUGUAUUUUAAUAUGACUGCUUUGAAUCCUUAAACAAAUUAUUUGGGCUUGUUGUAAACAUGUCCCCCAAAAAAGCAAUAUUUAAUAAACUGGAUUAAAAAUUC